AUGCAACACUGUCGCGCUGUGCUGGGUGAUGACGACUACGACUCUAUUGUGAUGUUCCAGAGCCCAGAUCAGCUUAUCACCGCCAUUGGAACCCUAGAAAGCCAGUACAGUGGCGGUAGCACUGUCCCAAGGCUGCGGAACCGAAUAGUGCCACAAUUACAAACACUCAGCACCUUCGUCACGAUUAUUCUCCUAGCCAUGGGCCCCAACACGAUUUCUACUGCGUGUACCUGGGGAGCUAUGUGUCUUCUCAUACAACUGGCAGCACAAUCGGAAAAAACGCUCAAUGAGAUCGUUGAACUGCUUGGAGGGAUUCACAAGAGUCUGACUUUAUUUGACAUAUAUAAUGAGAGUAUUGAGCUUAACCCAGAGUUCUUGAAAACGUUAUUCGAUAUCUUGGUUGACCUUUUAUCCUGCUCAGCAAGUGCGAUCAAACAUCUUCGCAAGAACAACAUAGAAACUCCUACCGUCGUUGUAUCCUGGGCCACCGUUCGCACCAAAUCUACGACGAUAUUGGAAGACAUUGCUGACAAGGCUCAUUUCCUGAAGCAAAUAGCAGAAGCACAGAAUCUCAAACAACUAACCCAGACACAAGCAGAAUUGGCAAGAAGACUUGAAGUUCUUGCUACGACGCAGACUACUCUAGAACGUCCUCAAUUAAACCUCCCAUGCCACUUUCUUCCUUUCGCCCACAAUCCAAACUUCUACGGACGAACAACAAUACUUCGAGACAUUCAAGAUGCACUUACAGUCCGAGACGACAACUCACGAAUCAGAUCAGUAGCUCUUUGGGGAACUGGCGGGAUUGGCAAAUCUCAAAUUGCUUUGGAGUUUGCUUCUCGACAGGACAGUGUACAACUCCCUGUCAUUCUAUGGAUCCCAAGCGAGAAAGAGACCGAAAUUGCUGGUGCUUUCAACAAGGCUUCCCAGAGGUUGAACUUGCCGGGAGUCCUGCCUUCGAAUACCCCGGACCGAAAUCGUGAUCUUGUUCUUGAAUAUCUACAACGAACAGACGCCAAAUGGCUCUUGAUAUUUGACAAUGUCGAAGAGACUACCAAUUUACUGCCUAUAUUGCCCACUACAGGUCAUGGCAUGAUUGAAGUCCCAACGUUUACAACACUAGAAGGAAGCGAUUUCCUUCUCAAAAUGGUCGCUCAAAGGGCCACGACAAGUGUGGAUCUGGACAUGGCAAAGCGGUUUUCUAAUCGGCUUGGCGGUCUGGCACUUGCUCUAGAAAUCAUUGGGAAGCAGAUCAAAGCUCGCAAAACAACCGUGGAGCAAUUCCUAGCUUUCUAUAACAGAAAUCGUCAGGCAAUGAACAAGGAGCCAAAGAGGGGCCCAAAGAAUCCAUAUUAUGAUAAAGAUAUCGAGACGGUUUGGGAAACUUCCUUCAUCAACUUAAGUCCGGAAGCAUCCAAAUUUAUGAUGCUUUUCAGUUUUCUGGCUCCUACGGAUAUACCGGAGGGAAUUUUUACCCAAGGGAAAGAUAUACCAGAGGACUAUACAUUCCUGAAUGUGGAAUUAAGAAUCGACGAAGCCAAACUCGAGUUUGUGGACUUAUCACUCAUCGCUGUCAACGGGGAAACUCGUCUCAUUUCUAUGCAUCGACUUAUCCAGGAAGCGUAUUUUGAUUGGAUGAGCCUGGAAGAUCGUCGCGAAGCUUUCGAAGGGUUGAAAGAUCUUCUACAAGACAGCUUCUCGAGAACCGCUGGACGCCACUUGUAUACUCGUUGGAAAAUUUGUUCUAGCUUGAUACAGCACGUGGAGGCAUUGGUAACUCGAUAUACAGAGCUUGGCAGCGUAGAAUUUAUCGUUCCAUCUGAAUCGUUGACCUACCUGAUUACAAACGCGUCAUGGCAAGUUAAUCGAUUAUAUAUACAACUGUAUCUGCAAGAAACCGGCUCUUUUAUGGCCAGCGAGAAGUUGAUCGGGGCAGCUUUCCUGAAAUGUAUCGACACAGACUCGCUGGUAUACGCAUGGCUUGUAGACACCGCUAGCACAAUUCAUGAUCGCCAAGGGCACGGGCAUCUAGCUUUAGAUCAUGACUCAAAUGCUCUGAGAAUUCACAAAGAGAAGUCUGCGGCUGGCAGCGUUGAACUUGCUAAUGCUUACAGUGCUGUUGACCGUUAUCUUCGGAAUAGGGCUCGAAGCUACUUCGUGUUGGGCAACUAUGAUGCAGCGAAGAAUGACCUGAAAGAUGCGGAAUACUGGCAGACCCUUAUCCAUGGAGAAGACAGUCACUACCACGGCGAGUAUGAGCCGCCAACGGUCAAGAAAAGUAGGAGAUGUAUGCUGAUGUUGUUACACAGGUCUGCAUAUAUUCUGGGAAAAAUAGCCGCUCUUGAGAACCGGCUCGAUGAAGCACUCACUUAUCAACAAAGAGCAUUAGACCUAAUGUCUAUUGGGAAACCGACCCAUGCAAGUGUUGGAGCAGCCAAAUUCCAGCAGGGCGUUGUACGCAUGCUCUAUCAGCAAGAGGAAAAGGAUAUGGAAGCACUACGAUUGUUCAGGGACGCACUACUCAUUGCACAACAGAAUUCAGCUGGGAAAGAAACUCAAGCUGACUCGGCGAGAGUGAAAUGGCGAAUGUCGCAAGUGAUGGAGCAUCAGGGAACGGCCGCAGAAGCCGAAGCCUUCAAACAUGCCGCUGAUGCUACCAAGAGAGAACUUCUUGCGACGAACCUUUUCGCUCAAGGUUCUUGGAAAGAUCAGGAAUAUGAUAGUUUGGUUGGUUUGCUGUAUCGUUAA